CUGCACGAGUCACCACACUAACUUUCAGCCUCAUCGGAAGUAAAAAAAAAAAGAAGUGUCUUACUUUUGACUUUAAUGACUUGUGGCAAUGAACCUUCAACUGGGAAGAGGUCUCUCCCGUGUGUGCCAAGGACUUCACAGAGUCCUGCGCCACUAAGAAGAUGGAUUGUCCUUGAGAGGGUUGGUGUGCGGCAAAAUGGUGAAAUUGGGGAAUCAUCUCAGCGACAAAAACAAGGGGAAGGUGGUCUCCGAGGAUGGAUUUGACACCAUACCCCUCAUCACACCUCUGGAUGCCAGCCAGCUCCACUUCCCGCCGGACAUGGUGGUGGUGAAGACCAAGGCGGACUAUGACGGCGAAGGCAAAAAGAACAAGAUGAGGACGGCCAAAAUGGUUGAAUUCUCAGUCAUGGAAGGCGUGUCGGAGCGACUGAAAGUGACCUUGCUGGUGGUCUGUGCCCUGGCUUUCUUGGUGUGUGUGGUGUUCCUGGUGGUCUACAAGGUCUACCAGUUUGAGCAGCCCUGUCCCGACACUUUUGUCUACACGCAGGGGCGCUGCAUGCCGGCCGGGAUGUACGCCAACCUCCCCCACCAGGCCCCCGGGGGCCGCGGCCGCCUCUUCACCCUCAUCAACCACUACAACAUCGCCAAGCAGACCAUCACUCGCUCCGUAUCGCCCUGGAUGACCAUCAUGUCCGAGGAGAAGGUCACCCAGCAGGAGACCGAGACGGCCCAGAAGCUGGCUUAAACACCACCGGCGGCGGGGGGAGGCGGAAGGGGGCGUGGCCUCACCUGUAUAAUAAUACGGUUGUGCCAUUCAAGCAAGCCUGGGGGCCGCUGUGAUGCCUUCAGGGGUCAGCUGACGUCCGCCCACCGAGGAAGGUGAAGCUGGGUUUGUUUGAAUAGCACAAGUUGUUAUUUGUUGACUCGCACACUUGAUGUUCACACAGUAGAAGUUAGUGAAGUUUGUGUUCCCAUGGACAUGCACGCACUUCAUCAUCGCAGCAGUCGGCAGUUUGGAUGGCCGAGGAGUUAGUGCAGGGGUGUCCAAACUUUUUCCACUGAGGGCCGCGCAGGGGUGUCCAAACUUUUUCCACUGAGGGCUGCACACUGAAAAAUCAAAGCAAGCGGGGGCCAAUAUGAUAUUUUUUUGCUUUUAAAAACAAAUACAAUAUGUUUAAAAAAUAUAGAUUUAGGCCUUCACUCAGUCCCUGUAAGAUUUUGGUCCAAAAAAUAUUAAAAAUGAGUCUUUAUUCAGUAUUAUUAUUUGUAUUAUUUUUCAAGUUUUCAAUCUCCAAAUCAACAUUAAGUCAUUCUGUCAAUAUAACAAUUUUAAAGAUUUAAGUUGUAUGCUCUUUUUGUCAAAGAAAACCCAGUUUUUUAUGGAAAAAACACAAAAUAUGCAAUAUUCUCACCCAAUGAAAUUUCUAAGUAAAAUAUGUGAGAUUAUAUAAGAAUUGGAGCCUUAAAAAGUCAAUAACUCAUAACAACAUUGAUUUUAAUUCAUUAUUAUUUUUUGAGCAAUGACACUUAAAAACUAAAUUAUUGGGGAUCCAAGAGUCCUACUCAUUCAAGUGUUAAAAAAUAAAUUAUAUAUUUUUAUUACUGUUUACUUUUAACAUAAUCUCAAGAUCAUCUUCAGAUCUAUCCGUUAAUCAUAAGUUGUAUUGUUGUUUGUUUUUUGUUUGUUUUCAGCCCUUAUUUAAAAAAACAAACAAAGAAAAAACAGCUCCAUUUUUUAUAUGCAUAAUUUCCCCCCAAAAUAUCUCAAAGUGGAAUAUUUAAUGUGACGUAAUUGGAGCUUUGAAUAGGUCAAUAAUUCAUAAUGACAUUGAUUUUGAUUCAUUAUUAUGUUUUAAGGAAAGAAACAGCCUGCAUGGCAGCUUUGUGUUAUUAGAGUAAACAUUGCAAAAUUUUACCUGUUUGCUGUUUCAUACCACUUUUUACGUUGCAAAAUGGCCCCCGGGCUGCACUUUGGACACCCCUGAGUUAGUGUUUACAGCCCCGUCGUCACGGCAACACACAUGCCAAAGUUGAGUAGGAACUUGUGUUGACAACAUGGCUGCAGAAUGUAAAUGUAGAAACACACAAGUUAAAACAUGAAAGUCUACUGAAUUGUGACAACAAACACCAGCAAGAAAAUGUAUUUUGUUCACAUUUUUGCUUGUGUUCUUUUUGACUGCAGACUAUACUGUUAGGUUUUGAUGUAUUGAGUGUAUUCUUGGAAGGUUCCCUGGGUGUUUUUUUUGCAGGUUCCACAAGUUUCUCAGCAUCACUUUGAUGCUGCUGCACUGAAUGUUUCUGACGCUGUAUUGUGUAUUCUACACACUUUGUUUGAAAGGGAAAAUGAGGAAGUGUUUCAUUGUCCCGAUGCUUUGUUCCCCUCCACUGUUAAUGUUCGUUAAAAGCCUCAUGUUCAUAGCGUGGAAUAAUAAUUACCAUUCAAGUGCAUUUGCUACAUUCAAUGUUGAAAAGAAGAAUUGAAAUAAAGUGCCCAUGUUUCCCAAUAA